AUGGACGCUGCCAAGGGAGGAAAGAAGGGAGGCAAGAAGGGUGGUAACCAGCCCCAGCAGCAGAAGAAGGGCCAGGCGCAGCCCCAGCAGAAGAAGGGUCAGGCCGCCCCGGCCGCCGCCGCCAAGGGCCAGGCCAAGCCUCAGCAGAAGGGCCAGGCCGCCCCGGCCGCCGCCGCCAAGGGUCAGGCUAAGCCCCAGCAGCAGAAGAAGGGCCAGGCCGCCCCGGCCGCCGCCGCCGCCGCUGCUCCCGCCAAGCAGCAGCAGAAGAAGAAGGGCCAGGCCGCCGCUGCCGCCCCCAAGGAGGAGAAGGCCGUCGUGGCCCAGCCUCCCGCCAAGAAGGCCAAGGCUGAUGAGGAGCAGCAGGCCGAGAUCGCCGAGCUCAGCGAGGCCGCCCAGAAGGAGCUCGCCGAGAUCACCGAGGCGUUCAACAAGAUGGCCGAUGAGGAGAUGAAGGCCGUCGCCAAGAUCACCCGCGAGUUCAACGGCAAGCGCAAGCCUCUUCUUGAGAAGCGCAAGCAGGUCGUCUCCAAGAUCCCCGGCUUCUGGCUUCAGGCUCUUGCCAACACUCCCGCCGCUGGUCUCAUCAACGACAAGGACGCCGAGGUGUUCCAGUACCUCAAGGACAUCAGCGUCAUCGAGCCCACUGACGAUGAGGCCGACAAGGCCAAGGCUGAUGAUGAUUUCAAGAUUGUCUUCACGUUCGACAAGAACCCGUUCUUCGCCAACAAGCAGCUCUGGAAGGAGGUCAAGUAUGUUGGUGAGGAUGAGAACAGGGAGCUCAAGGUCACCGGCUCGCCCAUCAACUGGAACAAGGGCAAGAACCCCAACGAGAAGAAGGCUCCCGCCAAGGAGGAGGCCGGCAAGCAGAAGGGCAAGAGGGCCAUCGAGGAGGUCGAUGAGGACGACGAUGAUGAGGGCACCUUCUUCGACUGGUUCACCUCCACCGAGGACGAGACCGUCGAGCUCGGCGAGUGGUUCAGGGACAAGUUCUGCCCUCAGGCCGUCGGCUACUUCAUGGGCGACGUCUCCGACGAUGAGGACGACAGCGACCUUGACGAACUUGACUCCGAGGAGGAGGCCGAGUUUGCCCGUCUCGCUGGCCUCAACGGUGGUGAUGACGAUGACGAGGAUGGCGACGAGUAA